GUGUUUCAUAUCAUAAGUGAUCAAUAAACUUAAGCUUGUUGUUGUACCAGCUAGUUAUAUAUAUAUAGCUCCUGCAAUGCAAGUACAGGCAGUUAUUAUCAGCAUCCAGCUGUUUAGUCUUGCUGCAGCCACACUGAUAUCCACUCCCACUGUGGCCUGUCCUGAUGACACUGUCACUUUCACCUGCACUAUGCCUGAUAGUCUCAUACGAUGGGACGUCACUCCACCACAACAAGCUACAUUCAGCAUAACUUUAAGAACCAACGACAACAUUAACACUGAUGAAACACGAGGUACUCCAGCAUUCCGUGGUGUUCUCACUGACUCCAGUGGAGGAAUGGUUACUGCCACUCUUACCUCACUGUCUGAGGCCUCCACUGUGGAGGAUACUAUGGUGGAGUGUGUGGGAGGGAGCUCACGAGAGGGUCCUCUCACUAUCACUGUGGCUGAUCCACCCUCCCCUCCCCUCAACCCAAUAGUAUCCUCCAUUCUAAACCAACCCAGCUCCUCCAUUAUUACUCUGGAGUGGGACCCUCCCUCCUCUACUGGUGGUGUGUCUGUCAGGUAUGUCCUCAUUAUCUCCUCAACAUCUCUCUCCGGGUCACCAACCACCGUGGAGACCACCUCCACACAGAUCACUGUCUCCUACAACACACACUACAAUGUGAUGGUCAGAGCUGUCAACUGUGUUGGAAUGAGUCAAGAAAGUCAAAUAGUUGAUCUUAUUGUAUGCCCCACACCGUCUACUGCUGUUGGUGUGAUCAUCACUAACACACCUCCUGUCACUAUUGGUGGAUCCAUGCUCACCUUCACUUGUAGUGGAGACAAUGAAGUGAGAACCUCAACCUGCGGCAGUAGUGGGUGGUCUCCUGACCCUGGGUUCUUUGACUGUGGCAUCCCAGUUACAGAUCCCCCAAUCACCUGUAGCCCUCCAGUUGCACCAUCUAGAGGUAGUGUGAACAUCAGUGGUGGGACACCACCCUUCUCACUGGGUUCAAUGGUAAUCUAUGGCUGUGACAAUGGACUGUUCCCCCUUGAUGUGAGAACCAGUACAUGCACUGAUGUGGAGGGUAGGGGAGAGUGGGUGGAGAAUCCUGGGAGCUUUGUGUGCAGGGAGAGGCCAGUCAACUGUUCUUUACCCUCGGAGCCAUCCAACGGAACUAUAGUGGACUAUGAGAUGUUGAAUGAGACAGUGUUGGAGGGAACAGUGCUGACUUACCAGUGUGACAAUGGACUACCAUUGACUGGACCCAACACCAUCACUUGCACUAAUGCUGGAGUCUGGAGCACUGAGCCUGAGGCAAUCAUGUGUAUGUUACCAACUGAAGGUGAGAGUAAUGAACCUGAGGCACAUAGCAACCACGGGGUUAUGGUAAUCCCUUGCGGUCUGUUUGUCUGUGUUAUUUUAAGUCUGCUUACCUGUGUAAAUUAUUUUAAGAUUAAAUUUUUUCCUAAUAAUUAUAUAGUAACUUGUAACAACAAUUUUUAACAAUGGUUUGCUUAGUCACAAUCAGUAACCACGAUUAUUUUUUGAUAAUAAUAUUACAUUGUAUAGAUCUACUAUUAAUAGCUAGUACAUUGUAUACCGGUAUACAAUGUCACAUGCUCCAAGGUUUGCAGCAACAUUGAAGUUACCAACAAGUCAGUUAACCGAUUUUGUCUGGAAAAGCAUUUUCGUUCGAAGUAACAUUUUUCUGGAGACGCAAGCAAGCUAGUGUCCUAUGCUAGCUAAUCAACCACAUGUCACCCGCUUGGGAAAAUCUGAAAUAAAUCCUGCACUGGUGGUUUGUAACAUUUCGGACUUGUUUGCUGUCUCUGCUGUGAUCCUAGUCCCAUGCUAGCCUCCUUCACUGGCCUCCCCUGAAGAGAAGGCCUGCUACUGACUGCUUGCAUGCGCACGCGCAAAAUUAGUGGACAUUUUUUCCCGUACAAAUUCCUAUAAUUAUAUUAAAUACUGAAUUUAUCAGAGAAACUAUCUUGACAAAGAAUACACUAAUUGUUAAAGUCAUACACAGAGCUAUAUAUAGCUAGCUAGCUAGAGACAGAGCUGUAGGUUUGUUGUACAGCUAUUUUCUUUUAGUCUCGAACACCCCUCAACCUAAAAGCUUUUAGGUUGAGGCGGGUAUUCGAGACUAAUUUUCUUUCUGAUAGAGUCAGUAGCAGUAGUAUAAUUAUAAUUUUUAGUAGACUUUUCACCAGAAGCAUUAUAGAUGGGCGUGGCCUGUCCAUAUAUAGCAGCUUUCACUCUGUUCAGACGAUUGUCAUCCGCACACUGUUGCAGGCUGUGAGUCUUUUGUUAACAUAGCAGGCUACGGGUAGCUAUCAGAAUGCUAUCAGAUGGGCUAGAAAUUAACCUUCUAUCGAACUUUCUAUCUACUCCACUUCCGUUCUUUGUGACGUCAUUGUUUUACUGAGCAUACACGUUGUUGCAUGGUUAACGCAUGCGCAAGCAGUCGAUAUCAGGCCCACUCUUCAAGGAAGUGUGGCCUUGGAUCGAGGCUAGUCCCAUGCAUGCACUGCAUGCAUGUCUGACUAUGCACCAUCAUCUACCAUAAUUGUGUCCAAUAACCGUUUUCAAACGUAAGCCUUAUUGUCUUCUGCAUGACUGUAAUUUAUUGCCCUAUACUUGCAUGCUGCCAUGUUCAUACAUACACACCGGAAAUUUUGGUAGGUGUUUUUAGAUGGCCAAAUUUAAAACCGUCAAAUUAAAAGUUUUCCGGUGGACCCAACACAUUGCAGCAGUAGCCACACGCCUAAGAUGCCAAAUGCAUAUAGGUGCCAACUUUCCCGGAUUUAACACUCUUAUCCCGAAAAGAAACUUCUAUUCACCUAGAUAUUCCAAAUUUUCAAGGUUACUGCUUCUAUAAUUAGCUGUGUUACUAUCCAAUAAAACUUAUCAAGCCUGGAAAAGUAAAAAAAAACUACUGCUUGAAUCUUUUAACAAUGAACAGAAACAGCUUUACACAAGAGAACUUAUAGCUUAAGCAUCCAAUAAGUAGGCGUGAAGAGAGCUGAGCAGUACGUGAUGCUGCUGGGACGGCAUCCCCACAACAAUUCAUGAGAUUGUAGGAAAACAUGGAAGAAUUAUAGAUAUGAAUUGUUGCACUGCACUGAAAAUCAGAGGAAUUAUUGUGAAUUUCUCCUUGGGCCAGUCGCUCAGGGGGGGCUAUAUAACACCCUUAUACGUUUUGAAACUUGGCUGCAUUAGGAAGUUGGCACCUAUUAUAUGCAAAUGGCUCAUCCGCCAAAUAUUCUAGUUAGCUAUAAUUAUAGUAUUACUAGAUUAAUGUUUUGUGAGCAAGGAUCAAUUUCAAAUAUAAAAAAUUAAAACCUAAAUUAGUACUGGUAAUUACACACAGAACGCAGAUUGCAAGAGGUAAAUUAAUUUUUCUGCUGAUUUGGUUCACCACAAAAUAUUCUAGUAACAAUACAACCCCGUGUACUGAUACUCUGGGUGUGAUAUACAACUGCCUCAGGCUUCUAUCCCAAUAUUUAUUGCUAAUCCUUCACAGCUGCCACCCUAUCAACUGGUGUAACUAUUGCCAUCAGUGUUACUACUACUUUCGUUGCCAUUACUAUCCUUGGAUUUCUCGCUGGACUCCUGUGAUGUAUUCGUUUACGCGUAAGAAGGCAAGAAAAACAGCAUUAUCUGUUGUAGAACCCACUAAACCAGUUGGUCCUGUUUAUGAGGAGGUGUCACCCAAAGAGGAGAUUGAACUGAACACUAACCAGGCGUAUGGACCACUAGGACUGUGAAUUAAACUUCAUGCUACUGACUUUUGUACUAACUAUCAUCAUGCAUACAUAAUGUUUUCUAGCCAGCAGUAUAGCAUAUGUUUCACCUGCUGUACAUUGCUAACCAUUAUUUUAAACAGUUACUGUAA